AUGGACACGGGUGGUCCUGGUGGAGGUCAAGUGAACUCAAGAUGGAACCCAACUCAAGAGCAGAUAAGUAUGCUCGAAAGCUUAUACAAGCAAGGUAUAAGGACACCUUCAGCUGAUCAGAUACAGCAAAUAACGAGCAGACUCAAAGAUUAUGGUCACAUUGAAGGGAAGAAUGUGUUUUACUGGUUUCAAAACCACAAGGCAAGACAAAGGCAGAAACAGAAACAAGAAAGCCUGGCUUAUAUCAAUCGCUAUCUUCGUAAGCCUCAUCAGCCUGUGUUUGCACGCCCUUGCCCAAAUGGCGUUUAUCUCCACCUAUUGCUUCAUUCCAAGCUGUCUCUUCAUGCAAAUGGACUCGAUAUGCGUGAGAGUAAGAUUAAAGGUUAG